CUAAUAAGAAUAUCCAUAUAUAUUAGUAAAAUCAAACUUAUCUGAUUCAUUUAAAAUACUUUUAUAUAUCUCGUAAAUAAUAAAUGAUAUUAACAAAACACGAGGUGUCUAUAUUGUAAAUAAGUGUUUCAUUUAAAAUUAAUUCUAAUUUUUGUAAGACAUGUCCGAAAAAGUAUUGGUGAUCGGGAGCGGUGGUCGGGAGCAUGCUAUUUGUUGGAAACUAGCUCAAUCUCAGCUAGUAAAACAAAUAUAUUGUGCGCCCGGUAGUGUCGGUAUAUCAUCAACAAAAGACAACGUUACGAGUGUCGAUUUAAAUAUCAAAGAUUACCCUGCUUUGGUAACUUGGUGCAAAGAAAACUCCAUCGAUUUAGUUGUAGUCGGACCUGAAGAUCCUCUAGCAGAUGGCAUCGUGGAUGCGUUAACACCACAUGGUAUCAAAUGCUUCGGUCCCACGAAAGCUGGCGCUGAAAUAGAAGCUAAUAAGGAUUGGUCCAAGAAAUUCAUGAGCAAAUAUCAGAUUCCUACAGCGAAGUAUCAAUCGUUUAGUGAAGCGAAGCCUGCGAAGGAAUUCAUUAAUAAUGCAAAAUUCCCAGCUCUAGUAGUGAAGGCUUCAGGCCUAGCAGCUGGCAAAGGUGUAGUAGUAGCUUCCACCAAGGAAGAAGCAUGCAAUGCCGUCGAUGAAAUACUGACCGAAGCGAAAUAUGGCAAAGCGGGUCAGACCGUGGUCAUUGAAGAACUGCUGGAAGGUGAAGAAGUGUCGGUACUGGCCUUCACUGAUGGUGAAACCGUAUCAAUGAUGCCACCAGCACAAGAUCACAAACGCAUUGGUGAUGGGGACACUGGACCCAAUACGGGAGGUAUGGGAGCCUACUCCCCCUGUCCUCUGAUCACGCCAGAACAGCUAGCUGAUGUUAAGGACCAAGUAUUGCAACGCGCUGUUGACGGCUUAAAAGCUGAGGGCAUCAAAUAUGUUGGUGUGCUGUACGCUGGCAUGAUGGUGACCAAAGCUGGGCCCAUGACCCUCGAGUUCAAUUGCCGUUUUGGAGACCCCGAGACACAAGUUUUGAUGUUGCUCUUGGAAACCGAUCUGUAUCGUAUUAUGAAGGCCUGUGUUACCGGUACUCUGAAAGAAGUACCAGUUAAGUGGAACACUAAUACAUCAGUUGUCGGUGUCGUCAUCGCUUCCAAAGGAUACCCUGAAACGUCGACGAAGGGCUGCGUCAUAAGCGGGCUGUCGCAGGUGCCGAAGGAGGGCGUGGUGGUGUUCCACAGCGGCGUGGCGCGCGGCGCCAACGGCUCGCUGGUGACGGCGGGCGGGCGCGUGCUGCUGGUGGCGGCGCGCACCAACUCGCUGCGCAACGCCGCCACGCUGGCCACCAACGUGGCCGCCGGCAUCGACUUCCCCGGCGCGCAGUUCCGCAAGGACAUCGCCCGCCGGGCCUUCUCCAAGGUCAACGGUCUCUCAUACCUCGAAAGUGGAGUAGAUAUCGACGCAGCUGCCAACUUGAUCCGUCUCAUCGAGCCGCUGGCGACUGGCACUCACCGCCCAGGAGUGCUCGGCCGGCUGGGCUGCUACAGUGGACUGUUCCAGCUCUCCGCUAUGGACCCUAGUUUGAAGGACCCCGUUUUAGUUCAAGGGACGGAUGGAGUCGGAACUAAACUUAAGGUGGCAGAGAUUAUGCAGAAGUACGACACCAUAGGUCAGGACCUGGUGGCCAUGUGUGUGAACGACAUCCUGUGCGCCGGAGCGGAGCCCUUCGCCUUCCUCGACUACCUGGCGUGCGGGAGACUGCAGCUCACUGUGUCCGCCACCAUCGUCAAGGGUAUCGCCGACGCUUGCAGUCUGGCGGGCUGCGCUCUACUCGGCGGCGAGACGGCGGAGAUGCCGUCCAUGUACGACGUGGGCAAGUACGACCUGGCGGGCUUCGCGGUGGGCGUGGUGGACAACCUGAAGCAGCUGCCGCGCAGCAAGCACAUCCGCGCCGGCGACGCCGUGCUGGCGCUGGCCUCGUCCGGCGCGCACAGCAACGGCUACAGCCUCGUGCAGAAGAUCAUGGCCGAGACGGGCCACAGCUUCCACGAAAAAGCUCCCUUCAGUACAACGAACAAGUCGUUCGGUGAAGAGUUUCUCGAGCCGACUGCUAUUUACGUAAAAGCACUGCUGCCGGCCAUUAAGAAAGACCUCAUCAAGGGUUUGGCGCAUAUCACCGGUGGGGGAAUAUUGGAGAACAUACCGAGAAUUUUGCCGCCCGGUAUCAAAGUUAAAUUGGACGCUACGAAAUUUGACAUAAAGCCUAUUUUUGGAUGGCUCCAAGCUAAAGGUCGCGUGUCGGACUUCGAGAUGCUGCGUACAUUCAACUGCGGAGUGGGGAUGGUGGUGAUCGCGGAGCCGCUCUACGUGCCGGAGCUACUGGCAGGGGGACAGUUGAGGGUUGUCGGCACGGUGCAGAACAUGGGACGGGAAGGUGGUCACCAAGUGGUCGUGGACAACUUUAAGCAGGCCAUGGAACCGUUAAUCGCUCCGUACUUGGCGGACAAGGCAAUUCCACACAAGCCUCUCUCGUACAAGGACAGCGGAGUCGAUAUCGAAGCUGGCGACUCCUUGGUGUCCUUGAUCAAACCUCUGGCUAGAUCAACAUCGCGUUCAGGGGUGCUGGGCGGUCUCGGUGGUUUCGGAGGUUGCUUCCAACUAAAAGCCGUCGAACAAGAUUAUAAGGACCCCGUGCUGGUGCUGGCGGCGGACGGCGUGGGCACGAAGCUGAAGGUGGCGCAGCGCAUCAACAAGCACGACACCAUCGGCGUGGACCUGGUGGCCAUGUGCGUCAACGACAUCCUGUGCAACGGCGCCGCGCCGCUCACGUUCCUGGACUACUUCGCGUGCGGCGCGCUGGACGUGGCCGUCGCCAAGAGCGUGGUGGCCGGCGUGGCCGAGGGCUGCCGCCAGGCCUCCGCCGCGCUCAUCGGCGGCGAGACGGCGGAGAUGCCGGGCAUGUACGCGGCCGGCGCCUACGACAUCGCGGGCUUCGCGCUGGGCGCCGUGGAGCGCGAGCACGUGCUGCCGCGCAUCAACCACGUCUCGGUCGGAGACAUUGUAAUCGGUCUGUCGUCCAACGGCGUGCACAGCAACGGAUUCAGUCUCAUACACAGCCUGAUGCAAAAGUCGGGUCUCACGCUGGAGGACAAAGCGCCCUUCAGUGUAGAGGGACUCACUUUGGGCGAGGAGUUAAUAAAGCCGACCCGCAUCUACGUGAAGAGCGUGCUGCCGGCCCUGCAGCGCGGCGUGGUGAAGGCCGUGGCGCACAUCACGGGCGGCGGGCUGCUGGAGAACAUCCCGCGCGUCAUCCCCGACAACGUGCGCGCGCGCCUCAACGCGCACUGGUGGAACGUGCACCCCGUGUUCGCUUGGAUAGCCGACACGGGGGCGGUGAAGGACGAUGAGAUGCUUCGUACAUUCAAUUGCGGUAUCGGGAUGGUGUUGAUCGUGUCGCCGGAGAACCAAGCUGAGGUGAUGAACAUAACGCGCUCGCACGGCGCGCUGGUGAUCGGCUCGCUGCAGGCGCGCCCGCCCGGCGGCGCGCGCGUGCUCGUCGACAACUUCGCGUCCGCGCUCGACUUCACGCGCCGCAUGCCGCUGCUGCCCAUGAGGAAGGUGGCGGUGCUGGUGUCGGGCACGGGCAGCAACCUGCAGGCGCUGCUGGACAGCACGCGCGAACCGGCGCAGUGCAUGUGCGCGGAGGUGGCGCUCGUCGUGAGCAACAAGGCGGACGCGCCCGCGCUGCAGCGCGCGCAGCGGGCCGGCGUGCCCACGCUGGUGCUCAACCACAAGGACUACGAAUCUCGCGAGGAUUUCGACCGUGCGAUCACCGCGGCGCUCGAGCAGCACAAGAUCGACAUCGUGUGCCUCGCUGGCUUCAUGAGGAUACUCUCCGCUGAGUUUGUACAGAAGUGGAAGGGCCGUCUCAUUAACAUUCACCCGUCUCUGCUGCCGAGACAUCCGGGCCUCCACGCGCAGCGACAGUGCCUGCAGGCCGGCGACCGGGAGUCCGGUUGUACCGUGCACUUCGUCGAUGAGGGCAUGGACACGGGGCCCGUUAUAGUGCAGGAGCGCGUGCCCGUGCUGGAGAACGACACGGAGCAGUCGCUGAGCGCGCGCAUCCUGGAGGCGGAGCACCGCGCCUACCCGCGCGCGCUGCGCCUCGUCGCCACGGGCCGCGUGCGCCUCGCCGCGCACGGGCUCAUCUGGCACACCUAGGCCGACGCAGGCCGAAGCAGGCC